CCGGAGCGGACGGUUCCUACUGCGGGUGGGCACCGGCUCCGCUCCCGCGUCUGCCCGCGCUCCAGCUGCGCCCGGCCCGGCCCCAGCCCGGCUCGGCGCGGCCCCGGCCUCUGAGCGAAGGCGCCGCAGCCGGUGGGCUGUUCCCAGGGCCAUGAGGAAGCGGCGGCAGCCACUGCGGCCCGCGUCAAGGUGACCGGCCGGGACUGCGGCGGCGGGGAGAGAGUCGGACUUCUCCAGACAGGUUAUGUUACCUGCAGAGGCUGCCCUGAAGCUCCCUGCGGCCUGGAGACUAUGUACAAGAGGAAUGGUCUGAUGGCUAGCGUGUUGGUCACCUCUGCCACUCCACAGGGCAGCAGCAGCUCGGACUCUCUGGAUGGCCAGAGCUGCGACUAUGCCAGCAAGAGCUAUGAUGCCGUUGUCUUCGAUGUCUUGAAAGUGACCCCAGAGGAGUUUGCUAGCCAGAUUACAUUAAUGGAUAUACCUGUGUUUAAAGCUAUCCAGCCGGAGGAACUAGCCAGCUGUGGAUGGAGUAAGAAGGAGAAACACAGUCUUGCCCCUAACGUCGUGGCCUUUACCCGGAGGUUUAACCAGGUCAGUUUUUGGGUUGUACGAGAAAUUCUAACAGCACAGACUUUAAAAAUAAGGGCAGAAAUCCUCAGCCAUUUUGUGAAAAUAGCCAAGAAACUUCUAGAACUCAACAACCUUCAUUCUCUCAUGUCUGUGGUGUCAGCAUUACAAAGUGCUCCCAUCUUCAGGCUGACAAAAACCUGGGCUCUUUUGAAUCGAAAAGACAAGACUACCUUUGAGAAAUUGGACUACCUGAUGUCGAAAGAAGAUAAUUACAAGCGGACACGAGAAUAUAUCCGAAGCCUGAAGAUGGUUCCAAGUAUUCCCUAUCUAGGUAUCUAUCUUCUGGAUUUAAUCUACAUUGAUUCUGCAUAUCCUGCCUCAGGCAGCAUCAUGGAAAAUGAACAAAGAUCCAAUCAGAUGAACAAUAUUCUUCGAAUAAUUGCUGAUUUACAAGUUUCCUGCAGCUACGAUCACCUCACCACCUUGCCGCAUGUGCAGAAGUACCUGAAGUCCGUACGCUACAUUGAAGAGCUCCAGAAGUUUGUGGAAGAUGACAACUACAAAUUGUCGCUCAGAAUCGAACCAGGAAGCAGCUCUCCAAGACUAGUCUCUUCCAAGGAAGAUCUUGCAGGUCCCUCUGCUGGCUCUGGUUCUGCAAGGUUCAGCCGGAGGCCCACCUGUCCUGAUACAUCUGUUGCCGGCAGCCUCCCCACACCUCCAGUCCCCAGACACAGGAAGAGCCACAGCCUAGGCAACAAUAUGAUGUGUCAGUUGAGUGUAGUUGAGAGUAAAAGUGCGACAUUCCCAUCGGAGAAAGCAAGGCACCUACUGGACGACAGUGUCCUAGAGUCCCGCAGCCCCCGAAGGGGCCUGGCCCUGACCUCCUCCUCUGCUGUCACCAAUGGACUCUCCCUAGGCAGUAGUGAGAGCUCAGAGUUUAGUGAAGAGAUGUCUUCAGGGCUGGAAAGCAGGGGACGUCUCUAUGCUACCCUGGGGCCCAACUGGCGGGUUCCAGUUCGGAAUUCUCCUAGAACCCGGAGCUGUGUCUACAGCCCCACUGGCCCGUGCAUCUGUUCUCUGGGGAACUCGGCAGCUGUGCCCACCAUGGAAGGGCCUCUGAGAAGAAAAACCCUGCUCAAGGAAGGGCGGAAGCCUGCACUGUCCUCGUGGACCAGGUACUGGGUCAUACUCUCAGGAUCCACCCUCCUGUACUAUGGAGCCAAGUCCUUGCGGGGCACAGACAGAAAACACUAUAAAUCCACACCUGGCAAAAAGGUUUCCAUCGUGGGCUGGAUGGUGCAGCUGCCUGAUGACCCUGAGCACCCAGAUAUCUUCCAGCUGAACAACCCUGACAAAGGCAAUGUUUACAAGUUUCAAACUGGUUCCCGAUUUCAUGCAAUACUGUGGCACAAGCAUUUGGAUGAUGCAUGUAAAAGCAACAGGCCUCAGGUACCUGCAAAUCUUAUGUCAUUUGAGUAAGUCUCUGCAGGAUGUGGCGUGACUUCAGAGGCUUCUGGGAACCCAGGCUGGGCCUGGUGGUGAAGAGCAGUCCUGGGCACAGGCUGUGAGCCAGAGUGCUGGGAAACUCACAGCUGGACUCAGGGGACACGGCCUGUGGCCUCACCAUCCCAGAGGGCUCCACCAGUGCAGAAUCCACCUGUCAGUCCCCAGCGACUCUCAUGACACUCAUUCUGCAGCACCGCCUCUCGGGGUGGUGGUUAGACCCCAAACUGUACACCCCACUCUCCCUCUCUGGGCCCACCACCUGCUUCUGCGACUAGAGAGCACUCGGCCCAUGUUGGGUUCUCAGUGCUCUCUACUGCACAAAGUGGACAGUGCUCUCUACUACAGAGUGGACAGUGCUCUCUACUGCACAGAGUGGACAGCGAGAGGGGCCCGAGAGAAGGAACAGCUGCGGAACAGGCUUUUUACACCCCAAGUGCACGGGGUUGCUCGCCCACAGGGCUGCCUCAGAUUUUGUACAACCCCAAAGCGUCCUGUGCGUGUGUGUGCUAUACGUGUGUGUGUGAGCGAGUGUGAACUCUUCAAGAAACAUGCAUUUUGGCACAAGACUUGUGACAUCACACACUUCAUUCGCUUUGAGGCCCUGCUUUAACCUUAAGUUAUAGCCCUGUCCACUGAGGAAGGUCAGAGUGAGAGCCUAGAUUCCUCCUAUGUUAAGGGUCCCUUGCAUUCUUUUACUGUAAACAAACAAUGCCUUAAAUUGUGUCUUGUUUUCUGUUCCUAUGGGUGCUAUUCAUCUGGAAGGCCUGCUCCCUGGGGCCCCGGGUCCCUUCCAGGCCUCUUUGCUGUCAGCCCUUCUGAGACAGGACCUGGCUUCAGGACCGUGGACUGGGCUGCUGGCCUGCUUGCGUCUUUCCCCAUUCCUAGCAGGGCCUGAGGCCCUCCUUUUCUCACUCCUCCCACCAUGCCAGAAUGGGAAGUUGUGAUGUUGCAGCUCUGAGGCCGAUAUGCUCAUAGGGAUCAGCUGUGCAGAAGCCACGAGGUGUGAACCUCUCCCCGCAGGGCAAGGCCUGUGCCCCCAUCAUCUCACCCCUUUGCUUCCACUGCCAGGGCGGGGCCCACCAAGAUUCCUGAUCACGUCGGGAAGCUGAGUGGCCUGAGGCCUUAAGCUUCCCCAGUCUUGGCCCCAAAUGCAGUCACCAGCAAGUUUCCCACUUUCCAAGUCCAAGGGCACAAUUGUUGAUGACUGUGGGACAAGAGAGCAAACCCCAGGGAGUGAACAGUCCAACCUCUGCAUUCAGUUAGGAGCUCUUCACAUGAACCAUGUCCUUAUCUGUCACCUUUUGUCACAUUUUAAAGUGACUUUUAUUUUGCACAAAUACAUUAUUCAAAAUAAUAAAUUACUCUUUAGCACAAUAUCUUCUCUUCCCCCUUCCCCUUUAGUUUGGAUAGCCUAACUCUGAGAAGUUAACCCUUAAACAAUUUUCUGAAAGAGACUGAAUUUCUGGGUCCUUGUGACUAUCAUGGUUUCAGAGUUCACACUAAUCAGGCAUCAAGCUACCCUCAAGAGUUUCUGAGCUGGAUGCUUCAAAACAACAUCUACACCAGUAAACUGUAAUAGGUCAAUUUCAAAAUGACGAAAAGACCCACCACUGUAUUUUGACCAAAUAAUGACAACUUCUCUAAAAAUUUGAAUGACUUGGUGAGGAAAGUAGUUGUCAUCUGGGUCUCAUUUUGUAGUUGAGACUUACUGUGCUUAGGAAUAAAUCUUCCUUUUGAGCAAAGACUAGAGUACUUUCCUGCUAAGAGAAACUCCAGGUGAUAAAGCUGAUGCCAUCAACCUUGACACUGGGUGCUUUGCACACCCACACGGAUGGUGCACCUAAUUCUUCUGAUGACUAUUCAAAUCAGCAUCUAGAGGCUGAAUGACAAUGCCAGACACUCCAGACACCUUUAACAGAACCAUACAGUGUUAACACUUUAACCUACACUGAAUCGGAUUCUACCUGUUAACUUUAAAAAAGUCAUAUGUUUGGAUGAAAGUGCAAGACGUGGAACAUCAACUACUUAUUUUCCUUGGGGUUUUCCACCCUGCAAACUGUCCUGGUUUUUCACAUAUGAAGUAUAGAUGCCAAUCCAAAACCUCAGAAUUUCAGGCACCACAAAAGCAGGUAAUUUUCUGUCCCUUAUAAAUUUGUCUUUUCUUUCACAAAUAUCUCUUAGCCUAAUUUGAAAUAGCACACUCACAAUUCAAAAUGGUUUAGUCUCACUAAGUGAUUCUGCUGCCACAUCCUCUCCCAAGAGCAUUGUUAGCUUGGACUCUUGAAGAAUCUCUUUAGGCUUUGUUGGCAAAAAGCCUUAUAGAAGCUGUAAGAGCCUUGAACACACUGGAAGAGUUCUGGAGAUAAAGCUGGAAGAUACUCAACUCUCUAAGCAGGGGCCCAGGCCAAGCAUGGGCUUUAAGUACUGAUUGUCUUCCCAGUGUUGGUUUGUCCUCAAGCUGCAGGAACCCUCAGAGCCUGAGACAGAGGGGGGCCAGGCACCGAUCACGAAGCGUGAAAGUCCAUGGGUAGAUUCUUCCCCUGGAAGGAAGCAUUUCUAGUGUUUGCUCCUUGACUGUCCAGACUGCACAAAUGUUUAUGAAGCCAUUGAAGGGAUUAUUUCUUGCAUAUGCUGUAUUUUUUUAAGCAAAUGGAUCAUGACAUCCCAAAAUGAAAGUUAUAGAAAGCUGUCUACACAUGUGGCGCUGGUAGCCAGUAACAUUGUUGUCCCAAGAACAACUCACCUCUGUCCCUAGGACUAAUUUUUGUCCCUCUCAGUUGAACAUGUUUUGUCAUUCAAGAUCAGUCAAGUGCAUUCUGGCAACUGAAAUACUCGAUGGAGGAUUAGUAUGGUAGAGAGCAGUAGAAGUCUUGUUCUAACUGUGCCCAGUGAGAGACUUUGGCCCCCUCCCUCCCUGCAAGGCUGUGGAACCUGAGAAAGUAGAUACUUGAAGAGAUUCUGUUUAGGAAGGAACUCACUCUCUUUUGCCAGUUGAAUUUAUAGAGCAUUUUUUUUUCUUACCAAGAUGGCCAGUAUCCUCUUAUGCCCACCUCCCAAGCCCCAAGAGGUGUGCCUUUUAGGAUGCCAUUUUACAGGUGGAAAAGCUCUGUUAAACAGGAAGUCACUUACAAGCAACAUCUGCUGUGUUCCUCAGGUGGGGCCCAGAGCCCUUCCCCCACACUGCUGAUGUCCUUAACCGCUGGGGAGUCUUGCCAAAAACACAGCCAUCUAGUUUGUGACCCCAUAAAUGACUUAAAUCAGCUUUACAUCAUUUUGACAUGUCAAGUGGCUUCGUGUUUAAAAAAAAAAUUCCUAGUCCUUUAGAAAUAACUGAUUAUCUGCACAAAACCACCCAUUCAUUCACAUCACUAGCGAGUGCCACCUGUGCUAAGAACAAGUCAGAUCUGAUCCCUGCCCUCAUGGACCUGACCACUCAACAAAUAGUCCUCACCACACAUAUCUCCUUAGGCAAGACUUUGCUUCUCUCCUAGCCCUGAGUAUAAAUCCUGUGCAUAGACUCCUCCAGAAAGGCAUCAAAAGACUCAACAGAAUGAAUAGCCUUUUGAUCUGUGAGUUCAGUUGUAAUGAGGAUGAAGUCACUAUUCUAGAGGCUGAUUGGCCCAGAAGAGCCAGGCACAGAGCUGCAGUUGGGCAUGCCAAGGAUUCCAAAGGUGAAAUGAGAGUAGGGUCAGAAUGUCACAGUAUUUGCUCCAUAGGUUUUUGUUUUUAAUUUCAAUGUCAAAUACAACUACAGUAUGAGCGAGAACUGCAUUUUCUUGGGUGCUGAGAACUUGUACCAUGGACUUGAGACAUGGGCAGCCUCAAAACCCUGCUUACAGCAGCAACGCAGGAGAUCAUCUGUGCAUUCUAUAACCAUUAAUCUCUUUAUCCAUUUCUGAACGACUGUGACUAUUCAGUAAUGAAGUAAUAGUACUUAAUUUAUUAGUAUGGUAUAAUCUUUAAUAAAUUUCGUGCCAAAAUGCAUGGUUUUCCACUUAGCAUUCAAAAUGUUGCAUAGAGAGUAGUUUUCAAUUUCUUAUGUACUCUUCAAAGUAAGUUGAAAAUCAGUUUCUACAUUUUAAUUCGUUUCUUGUUAAAUCUGUUGCACUCUCCUGGGCUGUCUUUUUUUCCAGCAGACCCCUGCAUGCUGUUGUGUAAGGACUUUAUCUAAUUCUUGUGAAUUGUCUCACCUGCAGUAACCACUGAACAUCGGCCCUCUGUGGGAUUCUUUAGAUUUUUGGUGAAGUAUUUUGUUACCUCAGUCUUGUAUCAAGUUGCUGUAUUUUUCAGCUUGUUACAUUGAUAAUUAUUUCACUAAUUAAAUACUUUAAUGUACAAACAUCUUUGUUUACUUUGAGAUUAAAUGUGUUUUCCAAUGAA